AUGCUACACAGAUCUUCUUCUUUUACUCAGGAAAAAAUCAGAAAGAGAAAUUGCCUUUGGAUUUUCAGUCUGCAAACUGGUAUCUCAAUUCUAAUUGUGGUAGAUCUGUUCUCUCUGGCUGCUCUUGUAUCACUUUUCAUAUAUUCUACCAUUGAUGAUGUAAAUAAUGCUGGCAAAAGAACCGGAUAUUUAUCCUUCUAAAUUUUCACAGACGGAAUCAUUGUCAUGCUCUUUGCUUCUAAAUGUUAUUUUGGUUUCCAGUUUUUAAGCUACUCAUGCUGCCUAAAAAAGACUAAAGUUAGAUCUAAGACAAUGAAAAAAUCAAGUGAUCAAAAUAACUCACAAAAUGCUGAGGGUUAUUCAAAUCUAAAUUUGGAUAGGUUUAAAAUGCAGAAAACAAAAAAUGAGAGAAGACAGCUUAGCAGAUACUUUAUUUUUUCAGUCGUCACUUACUUCUUUACAAUAAUUUAGAGCUCUUCACUCGCAAUCAUAUUUAUAUACGAGGCUAGCUAACUUUACAAAGUUGUUGCACUUGCUGUUUGUGCCAUUUUCGCCUUAAUAUAUGUUCAGAGGAAGAUAUUCUAAUUGUUGGAGGAAAAAGACACAGAACUUAGAUUGAGAUCUGUUAAAAGAGGUGUUGAUAACAUUGAUACUCUUGGAAGUGAAGAUGAUAAGGAUUCUGAAAGAGGUAGUCACUAUAAACCUCCUGCUGAAAACUCAACAGAUAAGAGUUACAGGAUCAGAAAUCAAAUGGAUUGA